AUGCCUGAUAAUCCUUCUAAUGGGUUCACAAAUCGUGAGUCUAUGGAAUUAGCCGAUAUCAUUGAAGAGAUCGAGUGUAAUCGACGUAAAAUCACCGAACUCAUCGAACGGAAUGAAGAACUUGAACAACGAAAGGCCGAGAUUGAAUUUGCUCUAGAGAUUAGACAUGCUGAGAAAGCUGAAAAAAUUGCUGCUACAAAGUUUGACGGGACAUUUCCAUGGAGUGACGAAGUGGACACCAUUCUGAAGAAGGUUUUUCGUCUGUCCUCAUUUCGUCCUCUCCAAAAGGAAGUGAUUAAUGCGAUUAUGUCAAAUCUCGACACACUCGUGGUUAUGAGCACAGGAGCUGGCAAAAGUUUAUGCUAUCAACUUCCAGCAGUUGCUAUGAAAGAGAACAAAGUGUCAGCUCACCUGAAAUUCCUGAAGGUCAUGAAUAACAUCAUCGUAGACGGCGUUGAUAUCUUGGACAACCAUAAACAGAAAUAUAAGACAUCCGACUUAUAA